AGUCUGAGGGGCGUGGCGGAGACACGCUUGCUAGCGUAGAGGAGGCCGAUAAUGCUGUUAUCAGUGAAGUAUAUGUGCAGAUCACAGUCUAUGGUGUAGAUUAGCUGAUUGACACAUCUUCAGAAGCACUCAACGACAGCCUGGCUAGACCUUGCAGACGGAAUAUACUGAAAACAGCGUAUUGUUCUUCAGCUAUCUAAUUAAAGGUCUCGCAGUAUCCCGUUCACUGUGUCUUUUCUGGACCGGUGUGAACCGAAGCUGAAAUGCGAACGUAGCUGUUAGCGAGCAAGCCAGGCCGUGGAGAGCUGGCUGCUGUAUCCUCCAUACAGACAGGAGCAUAAAUGUUUCACACACAACUGUGGAUUGUCGAUGCUGGAGAAGAUGCGCAAGGACGUGAGGAUAUUAUUGGUGGGAGAGCCCAAAGUGGGCAAGACGUCUCUCAUCAUGUCCCUGGUCAGCGAGGAGUUCCCAGAAGUGGUUCCUUACCGUGCUGAGGAAAUCACCAUACCUGCGGACGUCACACCAGAGAGAGUUCCUACACACAUCGUGGAUUAUUCAGAUGCAGAGCAGACAGAUGAGCAGCUGUUUCAGGAGAUCUCCAAGGCAAAUGUGAUUUGCAUUGUCUACUCAGUCAACAGCAAGAAGUCCAUCGAGAAGGUGACGAGCCAUUGGAUCCCCCUCAUUAUUGAGAACACAGACAAGGACAGCAGGGUUCCUCUAAUCCUGGUGGGAAACAAGUCGGACCUGGUGGAACACAGCAGCAUGGAGACCAUUCUGCCCAUUAUGAACCAGUACAGUGAGAUAGAGACUUGUGUCGAGUGUUCUGCAAAGAACCUGAAGAACAUCUCAGAGCUGUUCUACUAUGCCCAAAAAGCAGUUCUGCAUCCCACGGGUCCUCUCUACUGUCCCGAGAAGAAAAAUAUGAAGUCACUUUGUGUCAAAGCUCUGACCCGAAUCUUCAAAAUUUCUGAUCUAGACAACGAUGGGAUUCUGAACGAUCAUGAGCUGAACUUCUUCCAGCGGACGUGCUUCAACACCCCGCUUGAACCUCAGGCGUUGGAGGAUGUAAAAAAUGUGGUGAGGAAGAACAUGAGUGAUGGGGUGUGCGACAACGGUCUCACUCUGAAAGGCUUCUUGUUCCUCCACACCCUGUUUAUUCAGCGAGGACGCCAUGAAACAACAUGGACAGUGCUUAGGAGGUUUGGAUACGAUGAUGACCUGGAGUUAAAUCAGGACUACCUCUUCCCUUCGUUGAAAAUUCCUCCAGACUGCACCACAGAGCUCAACCACAAUGCCUACCUCUUCCUCCAGAGCGUCUUUGACAAACAUGACAAGGACCGUGACUGUGCCUUGUCACCAGAGGAGCUGAGCGACCUGUUUGAUGUUUUUCCCUACAUGCCCUGGGGUCCAGAUGUCAGCAACACAGUUUGCACUAAUGAACAGGGCUGUAUCACCUACCAGGGAUAUCUCUCCCAGUGGACGUUAACCACGUAUCUGGAUGUCCAACGCUGUCUGGAGUAUUUGGGUUACCUUGGUUACUCGAUAGUUGCUGAGCAGGAGUCCCAAGCAGCAGGAAUUACAGUUACCAGAGCUAAGAAGAUUGACCUGCAGAAGAAGCAGACCCAGCGCAGCGUAUUCCGUUGCAACGUCUUUGGAGAUAUUGGCAGCGGAAAGAGUGGCUUCCUCCAAGCAUUCAUUGGAAGCAACCUCAUGCGUCAAAAAACGAUUAAAGAGGAGCACAAAUCCUACUAUGCUAUCAGCACAACAUAUGUUUAUGGCCAGGAGAAAUACCUUCUUCUUCAUGAAGUUUUCCCUGACUUCGACUACCUGUCUGAUGCUGAUCUGGCCUGUGACAUUGUCUGCCUGGUCUAUGAUGUCAGCAACCCUUAUUCCUUUGAAUACUGCGCUAAAGUCUUCAAGCAAUACUUCAUGGACAGUAAGACUCCAUGUAUGAUGAUCGCAGCAAAGUCAGAUCUGCAGGAGGCCAAACAGAUGUACAACUGCACUCCUCUAGAGUUCUGCAGGAGGCACAAGAUGCCACCUCCUCAAUACUUCACCUGUAACACUACAGCAGCACCCAGCAGAGACAUCUACACCAAGCUCACCACUAUGGCCAUGUACCCCCACGCCCGGCUGCGCUGCAUGUGCACUUGUAACCGGUGCACCUUCUGCUUGUGUCAGAACUUCCUCAACUCUGAGCUGCUGCAGACGGUCAGGGCCAAACUCUACGCUGUUGUACUCCGAAGGCAUGUGAGCCAAGCCGACCUAAGGAGCUCCACCUUCUGGCUGAAAGCGAGUGUUGGGGCUACCGUGUUUGCAGUUCUGGGCUUUGCCAUGUACAGAGUGCUGCUCAAACCACGAUGAUCCACCGUCACCAGUCACAACAUUAAGCUUUCUAACUUGCAUUCAGUAAAUGAUAAUAUGUUUAAAAUAUAAAAUAUCUCCUGCUUUGCGAUUUAAAGGGUUCCAAUAAUUUUUUUUCAGAGGGAAAAAUAUGUGAAAGCUUACAUUAACAAAUGAUCUCUUUAUUUAGCAUUUUUAUGCAGUUAACCCUGUAGAUUUCUCUUCUUGGGAAGAAAAGAGAAAUAUAUUUAAUUUUCUACUGAAACUGAUAAUUUGCUUAACCUAUUUGUUUGCAAGUAUUUGCAAAAAUAUAUCUAUAUUUAUAUAAAAAAGGGUGAGCUGCUGACAAGCUGUGAUGCGUGACAUGUGAAGCGUUACAUAUUGUAUAUAGCUAUUUUUUUCUUUGCUUGCUAAUUAAAAUGUCCAAUGCGCUGUUAGAUGUAAUAGGAAUUCUAAGGUGUGCUGUAUACAGUAGCAUUAAUGCUAUUAUUAGCCUGAAAAUAUGUACAUAGUGUAAAUAAUAUAGAUACUUAACAUUUGUUUGUGUUUGUCCCAAAGGGCCAUGCCUGUUUCACACUCAAAGCAUUGAAUGCAAAAGCCCACUCAGUAGUUUUCACAAAUGUUAGCAUUGGUUACUCCCUCUGACAGGAUCUGGUUUACCCUCUAAGGUCAAAUGUUUGGAUGCACAUGUUUUGUGAAUGUGCAGAAGGGUCUGCUGCUCUUUACCAUGUCUUCCUGUGUCAAUGUCAGAUCCUGCGUGUGUGUAUGUGUGUGUGGUGGUGUAUGUUUGUCUACUCAGAACUUGAAAAUCUACAAUUUACAGCUAUUCUGCACAUUUUCUGUUUGCAUGCUUUAGAUUUUCAACCACAUUCUAGUGCUUUAAGGAUUACUAUACAAAAGAAUACCUCCCCAUCUUCUCCACAUUGCAAGCCCCCAGUGACUAAGGAAUAUAGUAAAGUUAACUGACUAAAACAUGAAUUGGUCUUGAGCCAUGGAGAAGUUUUAUGAUCAUUUGACUGUGGUUGUGAUCCUCCUGUCAGCCUCUCCUGAUCCCAGAAGAUGAAAUGAUGUGGCCCCAGAUGUUCAUUUCAACACAAAUACCACUACUUGCCACAAGUUUCAGUUUUAUGUAUCUAUUCAUCCCUGCCUUUCCAAAAGUUUACAAUAAAACGUGUAAAACAAU